UGCUAAAUUUAUUCUAUAUAUUUUAUAAGCCUAUAUAUUUCUAUACUAUUAUAUCUUUACACUAUUAUGUAUUUACUGUAAACCUGCUUUGCUAUAGAAAUAAUAGAAAUAAAUUUGAACUGAACUGAAUAAAUGGCAUCCUUACCAAAAGGAUUUUUGCAGUAGCAAUGCAAUGCAUAUUUAAUGCUUUUUCUUUAAUCUGUCCCUCUAUUUUCUCCUCCUCUGUGCAAUUCCUACCCUUGAAGGUGUUUUUCUCUGAUUUCACGGAUGAGGGAAGACACUUCUUCUCCUCAGCCCCAUGGCUGAAAGAAAACACAUGUUCAUUUCCAAACUCUUCCUCCUCUUUUCUCCUCUACUCAUCCGUAUCUGUCUCCUCAUCCCUCUGUGUGUCUGCGGUCCUGCUCGGGCUCCUCUUCUCGGUGGCCAGCCUUUCCUGGUGCUGUGGGGGGUUCCGGAUAAAGACUGUUUAGGUCGGCCGGACCCAGCUGGAUUUGGAAUGGAGUGGGAAGGCCGCGUGGCGAUUUUUUAUGAGGACGCUCUAGGACUUUACCCAUACUUCACUGCACAGGAUCGACCUGUUAACGGUGGCCUACCGCAACACAGCAGCCUUGACCGUCACCUCCAGAGGGUGGAGGCAGAUCUGACAGCCACACUUCCCCAGGCCGGAGCACCCGGUCUGGGAGUGCUGUUCUGGCAGGAGUGGACACCUCAGUGGAACAGAAAUAGAGGUAGAAAAACAAAGUACCAAGUGGAGUCAAGGGCACUUCUCAGGAGAUUUUUUCCUGACUGGACAGCAGACGAAUUGGAAAAAUGGGCUCAGGUUGACUUUGAAGCAGCAGCACAGUCCAUAUUGACUGAGACCCUCCGAGAAGUGAACAGACUCCGUCCACAGAGGUUAUGGGGCUUGACCCCAUAUCCUAACUGCUACAACUUUGACUCCACCCAAAUAGCAUUAGCCAAUUACACCGGACGGUGCCCUGCAGCAGAAAUGGCCCUGAAUGACGAGCUGAUGUGGCUAUGGAAACGCAGUAGUGCCCUUUACCCAAUCCUUUCACUGGAGAGGUUGCCGGAUGGAACCAAGGGAGCGUGGCUUUACGCAACCAAUCAAAUCAGAGAAGCAUUACGAGUGGCGGCACUCGCAGGGACCACUUUUGAUCUUCCAGUGUUUCCAUUGAUCAAGACUUCAUACAUCUCCACUAACAACUUCCUAUCAGAAAUUGACCUGGUGAAUACUAUUGGAGAGAGUGCGGCUAUGGGUGCAUCUGGAGUCAUUAUAUGGGAAAGAGCCUUAACAGUUAAAACACAGAAAUCCUGCUCAGAGUUCGGCCUAUACGUUCGUGAGGUUCUCGGCCCAUACGCCGUCAACGUGACUACUGCCGCCCGUCUCUGCGGAGUCUCCCUGUGUCAGGGACGUGGACGUUGUGUGCGCAAGAAACCAGAGGACCCCACCUACUUGCAUCUUCCUUCUCCCCACUUCCUGCUUGUGCCAAACAGGGCAGACGGCGUUCGAGCAACAGGAGAACUUCCUGCCGCUUAUGUAGACGUCUGGAAGAAGGACUUCCGCUGUCAGUGGUUUGAGGCAUUGGAAGGUGCUGCUGCAGAUCAGGAGUCAGACAGGGUUGUGGAAAAUAGACAGAAACAACCGUCAACUACAGUAAAGACCAUCACUGAGAUAAGCCUGAAUGAAAGCACAGUGGUUACCACUGUGGCAGCUCCAGUUACAGAAGUGCCUACCAUACAGCUGAUAGACAGUGGAAGCUGUGCAAGUCAUAUACCGGUUAUGCUUCUGUCCUUGCUGGUUAUCAUCAACUUCAUACUGUUUGACGUGUCUGUGACUGGAGUGUGAUGGGAGAUUUGUUAACCCCAGUUGGCCUUGAAUUUGGGUGGUGACUCACUUAUUGCUAAAUUUUUUUGAUUGUAGAUGCCUGUAUGAAUGUCUCGGUUAAAGGUGCAUUGUGUAACUUUUAAAACAAGUUUUUCUAGGCUCAUUUCAAUGACAGAAUAGUCAGAUGACAAAAUUAUCUUUUUAAAGAUAAUAUGAGAUUAUAUUUUCUGUCAGAACAAUAAGAGACCGUUUUAGUUGAAAACACAUGUUUAAAAGCACUCUCUAUGAAUCUGUUUUAGUAAAAUAACCUUGAUAUACAAUCAGUUGAUGACUCUAUGUAAUAUAAGACAUAAACAUGGUGAGAACUUAAUGUAUUUGAACAUUUUGGGUCGGUUUCCCAGACAAGACUUAUUCUAAAUGCAUGUUUAAGAUGCCUAAAUUAAAAAAAACACCUUGUAUUGACACAUUUGGGUGAUUCUCGUGAAAUUAGACAUAUGAGGUGUCAUGAAACAUUUUGAUAAAAAAGUAAAUGCAAAGUGAGUAUCAAAAUAAAAGCAUACAGUUACAAACAUCUCUUCAUGUACUUUCAAAUGACAUCAUACAAACCAAUUUUGUUGUUUUUUCCACAUUUAAGGAGAAAAUUUUCAUUACCGCAACAUGCCCAUGACUGGAUUUGGGUUCUUUGACAUGAAAAUGUUUAAAUAAAAAAAUAGAAAAAAUAGAAAGCUUCAGUGCAUGUUAUACUAUAAACAUUUACAGUAAAGAAACAUGUGGUAUUUGGUGAUCAUUGGUAAAUGUAGAGACAAUAAUAAGGAAUAUAAAUGUGUCCAAGACCAAUUUUCUCAUCCCCCAACAAUUUUCAAUCAUUGUUUAAGCCCUCAAGGAACUAACAUUAAAAAAAAUGUGUUGGAAGGGACAUAAUUGACUGUGACACUCAAGAUGGCUACCAGGUAAGCAGUUCUUAUUUUUUCUCUCCAGAUAAAAGUAGAAAUUUUGUUUGUCAUAGUACCUAGACAACUUUUUAGUUCUCAUCACCGAGACAUGAGUUUGUAAAUGCAUAUUUUUAAUGUAAUAUCAUGUUGUGGUAAUGAUAAUUUUUUAUAAUGAUAAUCUAAAAAAUGUAAAUAAUUCUAUGGGAAAUAUUUUUUAAAUCCUCUAAAAAAAUGGUUAUACCUUAAUCUUAUAUGUGCAAAAAAUAGUCUUCAAUGGCUUUAAAAAAAAAUCUGAUGCUGGACACCUUUUAAGUCUAGAUUUCGUGAGAAUCACCCACCUUAACAUAUAUCAGUGCCAUUGUUUUUUCUCAAUGUGCACACCAGUAUUGUUUUUUAUAAGGUUUGUUUGUAAAAACUACUUAAAAUGUCCUAAUAUAACAAAGGCCAAGUCCUGGAUUAAUCUAAACCCUGUCUGGAAAACUGCCGCUUAAGCAGAUUUGAGUGAAGAUCAAGACCAGGGAAAGUCUAAAGAAAAAGCUUGUAUGAAAAGCAUUUAUUUCAAUAAAUACACAUAACCCAAAUACAAGCAAACAAUGCAAAUCUAAUUGCUGAUCGCACACGGGUAAACAUGCGCACGCUACAUUGUCAAACAUUCGUCAGGCGUUUGACAGAAAUGCGAUAGUGUGGCCAUGUGAUGUCCUGAAUGCAGCCAGGCUGGGCUGUAACCCGCUCUAUCUUCCUAAAGUAUAAUCUAAUCAAAUGUUUAGUCUUCGUUUUUUAUCUCUUAAAUUUAACAAAACAGAAACCAGGCAAGUUUACGCUUAAUCUGAGCAGCAUCUGAAGCCUUAUGAUUUAACCUCAAUAAUCAAAACUUAAAGCUUUUUCAAACAUGCAAUAAUGGAUAUGGAUGACUUUUGGGGUGCGCUAGUUAAAUUAGUUACAUUUAUUUAAUGUAUAAAACAAACUUACAUUCAACGUUCAACAAUAAACACACAUAUCUCCAUGUUCAUGUCUCUUUAUAUUCGUCUAUGGCUACAAAGGGGGACAAAAUAAAAGAAAUUUUGUCCAGCAAUGUAAAUAAAUCCUGGCAGGCCCAUAUGAGAACAUAACACUCUCAUCUUAAUCCAGAGUCAUGAUGCAGACAUCUGAACUUCAGUUACAGGACACCAGCUGCACAAGCCCUAUUUAAGAGACUUCUCCAUGUAGCUCAGCUGGUGGAGCAUUGCAUUAGCACGGCAAAGGUCAUGGGUUCAAUUUCCAUUGAACACACUGAUAUUAACAUACCUGGAAUGCA